AUGACGCGCCUCAUCAUCCUCUCCCUGGCCAUAAAUCUCCUUUUUACGGCCGUUCAAGCCGCCAACCCCGUCUUUGGCGCCUAUGCGACCCCCUCGUGCGAAGAAUGCCUCGACCAGACCUACGAGAGCUGUCCGGGCGACUACCGAAAACUGCCAUAUGCCGAGUGUAUGUGUAAGGGCGACGGGGGCACCAACUUCGUCUCGUGCGUGCCUCAGUGCGACGCCAGCCUGAACGAGCCUAACAACGCCGCCGGCGCGUGGUAUGGCUACUGCGUCGUGUUCUUCAAGGAAAUGUGCCCCCCGGCGGAGUACUACCUCAGCGACGAUUACUUCAACGAACAAUGCUCCUCUGAGGCAAUCGCCUCUGGGGGGUCGGAUGCCAGUACCGCCUCUGAAACCGUGUAA